AUUUGCUCAUUACAUAUAAAUAUGUGCUGAUCAUAAGUGAAAAAUAUGAAAAAGUAUCAAAUGCCAAUUUAAGUUCUGAUUGAACUUUCUAAUUUUGAAUGUAUAUAUAAAAUACAUCACUAUAUAAGACCAAUUUACACACCAAAUCAUCAAAUUCUUUAUAAUAUUCUUUUGCAUGGGUCAUAUCUAUAUCAAUCUUGUCUGGAUUGUUAAUUUUUAAAUGAAUUAAAUAAGCUUCAUUUUACAUUCUUCUUUAAUUAGACAAUUUUUAAACAAUUAUUUUUCACAUUUUCUCUUAGAACCAAUUAAUAUUUUCAUUAAUAAUUCCUUCGAAUUAUACAUAAAGACACAAAGAUAAAUAUCUGGUUGACAGAACGGACAAAAGAAAAUUUUGUAAAUUUUUGUAAACUAUUUUUCUAAAGAAUAUAUAAAUUAUAUCACCUGUCACAUUGUAAUCCUUUAAAAAAUAUAUAUAUAUAUAUCUACAAGGAGAUAAUGGGAACAUCGAAAAUUCAAAAAAAAAAAAAAAUUUCUUUUCUUUAUCUUCAUGAAACACGCAUCAUUAUCGUAUAUAUAUAUUGACCGAGCGUUACUCAAAAUUCCUGCAGUUUGCGUACAUACUUUGUCACUUGUAAAAUAUUUUUAAUAUCCUAGGGAAAAAUGACAAAGUGGUUGUUGUUGAUGGCAUGCCUUGGCAUAGCUUGUCAAAAUAUUAAAGGUGCCGUUGUUCGAGAAAAUUCCUCAAGAAAAAAAUUAACAAAUACGUUGAACGUGAUUCACGAAUGGAAGUAUGUCGAUUAUGAUUUCGGUAGCGACGAAAAAAGGCAAGCUGCGAUUCAAUCUGGCGAAUAUGAUCGUACGAAAAAUUAUCCUCUUGACGUCGAUCAAUGGCAUGAUAAGACUUUUGUCACUAUGUUAAGAUACGAUGGUGUGCCUUCCUCUUUGAACGUGGUAUCUGACAAAACUGGCAACGGUGGACCGCUUCUACAACCUUAUCCCGAUUGGUCAUUUGCUAAGUAUGAAGAUUGCUCUGGAAUCGUGAGCGCCAACAAAAUUGCUAUCGACGAAUAUGAGAGAUUGUGGGUUCUGGACUCGGGUCUUGUCAAUAAUAUUCAACCUAUGUGUUCUCCAAAAUUGCUUGCCUUUGAUUUGACUACUUCGAAAUUGCUCAAGCAAGUCGAGAUACCGCACGAUGUUGCCGUAAAUGCCACCACAGGAAAGGGCGGAUUAGCAUCUUUAGCUGUUCAAGCUAUGGAUUCUGUAAAUACUAUGGUGUACAUGGCAGAUAACAAAGAUGAUGCUUUAAUUGUCUACCAAAAUGCCGAUGAUUCUUUCCAUCGAUUGUCUUCCCACAUUUCCAAUCACAACUUUAGAUCUGACAAAAUGUCGCAAGAAAAUCUCACCUUGAAAGAAGUAGACAACAGAGUUUUUGGAAUGGCACUUAGUUCCGUGACGCAUAAUCUUUAUUAUAGUCCUCUCUCUUCUCAGAAUUUAUAUUACGUUAACACAACAUCGUUAAUGAACUCGCAAAAUCAAGGAAAUGACGUACAGUAUGAAAGUGUCCAAGACGUUUUCAGCAGUCAAUUAUCCGCUAAAGCAGUAUCGAAAAAUGGCGUACUCUUUUUCGGAUUCACGAAUAAUACUCUUGGUUGCUGGAAUGAGCAUCAGUCACUUGACAGACAAAAUAUCGAUAUUGUAGCUCGAAAUGAGACGCUUCAAAUGGUCGUUGGUAUGAAGAUUAAGCAAAACCUUCCACAAUCUGGCAAAGUUAAUAAUACACAAAGAAAUGAACAUUUGUUGGCUUUAACCAACAAAAAGCAGGACGUGCUAAACAACGAUCUUAAUCUCGAACAUGUGAACUUCCAAAUUUUGGAUGCUAAUGUAAACGACUUGAUACGGAAUAGUCGUUGCGCAAAUUCUGACAAUCAGGAUAAUAAUCAACAUAAUUAUAAUCAUAAUCAAGUUCGUCAUUCUUCAAAAUCUGACAAUCAGAAUAACAAUCAACAUAACAAUCAAGCUUAUCAUUCUUCAAAGUCUGACAAUUGGGAUAACAAUAACAAUCAAGCUCAUCAUUCCUCAAAAUUUAAUAAUCAGAAUAACAAUCAAUAUAACAAUUAGGUUCAUCAUUCUUCAUCAAAUCAUGUUAAAUCUGAUAAUUAAUCUUUUCUCGAUGUAAGUCAAAUAUUUUAAAAAAUUUCAUUACAUUAUAAAACGAAUAAAAUAAAUAUCGUUUUUCGCAUAA